AUGUCUCACCCCAACCCCUUCUCCCACCUCCUCGACCUCACCGACCUCGGAACCUCCCUCCCUCCUCCCCCCGUCAAUCUCUCCACCCACCCCAACGCCCACCGCUCCGCGUCGGUCGCCAUCGCCCCCGCUCAUCCCGGCUCGUGGUCCUACUCCUCCCUUCCGACCCCCAAUCGCUCCCAGCCCUCCGUCUCGGCCAAUAGGCCGCUCCCGCCCAUCCCGUGGCCCUCGCCGUCCCUUCCGCUGGCGCCAUCGGUCUCGCCCUCGUUGCAGCCUGCGUCAGAGCCGCCCCUCAGAUAUGAGGAUCCCAAGUUCCCCGAUACCAAGUUUGACGGGACGGAUAAACAGGCGGCUGAGGGUUUCCUCAAGACGUUCCAGGCUGACAUCAACGGACUCAACCGCGAGUGGUACGAGGCCAAACCAGAGCGGAAGAACAAGAUGCCGUUCAAGGCGCUGGAGUGGCAUGACGUCUGGGUGGAGACUGUGGGGGACGAGGGGACCUGGGAGGGGUACAAAGAGGAGUUUAUGGCGUACUUUGGAGUGACUAGUCCUGGUACCUCCCUCGCCCAGUCACCCCCCUCCCGUGACACAACCGCGGCCAAUCACAUCCUCGCUUGGAACCACCUCCGCCUUACCUGCAGGUCGGGCUUCCCGGACAACGCAUCCACUUGCUCCCUCUUCGCGUUGUCGCUCAACGCAACCACCCAGGAGAGACUGAGGCGCAAGGGCGGCGCCGAUGGUGGUGAUGGGAGGAUGCCGCCGCCCCCUCCCCCUCCAUCUUCCGCCAACUCGGCUAUCCUCUCUAGUGCUGGCUCCGACGCCGGAUCCUCUACCGGCUCGGACGUCCUCUUUAUCGCCAAACCCAUGUGUCACGGGAGGGGGGUGACUGGGCGAGGGAGGUACCAGGACUAG